AUGCCAGAAUCAGACUCGCGCGGCGAGGCCUAUGAAGCCGAGCAUGUCCAUGCCGUGUACGAGCAGAUCGCAGCCCACUUCUCCUCGACCCGAUACAAGCCCUGGCCCAUCGUCUCCUCCUUCCUAUCUACCCUCCCCGCGGGCUCCAUUGGCCUCGACGUCGGCUGCGGCAACGGCAAAUAUCUCGCCCUAAAUCCCUCUAUCUACACCCUUGCGUCCGACCGCUCAACCAACCUCGCAAAAAUCGCUGCCUCACACCAACCGCACUCCGCCAUUGUCGCCGACAACCUCGCGUUACCGCAUCCGCUGAAGACGUUUGACUUCGCGAUCUCGAUAGCGGUUGUGCAUCAUCUGAGCACGGUAGAGCGGCGGCGGGAGGCCGUGGGGGAGAUUCUGGCGAUGCUGAGGGAAGGGGGCAGGGCGUUGGUUUACGUGUGGGCGCUGGAGCAGAAGGGGAGUCGGAGGGGGUGGGACAAGGGCGGGGAGCAGGAUGUUAUGGUGCCAUGGGUUAUGAAAGGCCCCAAACAGGAGAAGCCUGCGAAACGACGAGGAAAGGGGGAGCGUACGUUCCAACGGUAUUACCACCUCUAUAGGAAGGGCGAGUUGGAGGAGGAUGUUGUGGCGGCUGGGGGGACGGUGGUGGAGAGUGGGUAUGAGAAGGAUAAUUGGUGGGCUAUUGCUACGCCCAGAGAGGCAGAGGUAAGUACUGCUUGA